AUGAAUUAUCUACUUUUUCUUGGAUUACUUGCAUCGGCUAUUACUUUGCGAUGGAUUGUUGCUCGAUAUCCUUAUUCAGGUUAUAAUAAAUUUCCAAUGUUUGGUGAUUUUGAAGCACAACGUCAUUGGAUGGAAAUUACAGUCAAUCUACCAGUUAGUGAAUGGUAUCAAAAUUCAUCAUCAAAUAAUUUGACUUAUUGGGGUUUAGAUUAUCCAUUAUUAACCGCUUAUCAUUCAUAUAUUUGUGGAUGGAUUUCAAAUAAAAUCAAUCCAACAUGGUGUGCUUUGAAAGAAUCGCAUGGACAUGAAAGUGAUGCUCAUAAACUCUUCAUGCGUUAUACCGUAUUUAUUGUUGAUCUUCUCAUUUAUUAUCCAGCUGUUUUCUAUACUUAUCGGUCUGAUUUACUUAAUAAGAAUGUUGAAACAAAAAAAUUUACUGUUUUAUUAACUAAUCUAUUUUAUCCUCUAUUGAUUUUAAUUGAUCAUGGUCAUUUUCAAUUUAAUUCCAUAAGUCUUGGUUUAGCAUUAAUUGCAUUUGUAAUGGCUACAAAAGAAAAAACAAUUUUACUCUCCGCUAUUUUCUUUACAUUAUCACUUAAUUAUAAACAAAUGGAACUUUAUCAUGCUGUACCGAUAUUUGUCUAUUUAUUAUCAGCAUAUUGUUUUGAACAAAGAAAACCCAAAUUGAAAACAUUUUUAUCAUUGGGUUUCGUUGUUAUUUUGACAUUUUUUAUCAUAUGGUUUCCUGUAUUAAAACAUGAUCCAAUGGCUGUGAUGAAACGACUUUUUCCAUUUGAACGAGGUUUAUAUGAAGAUAAAGUCGCUAAUUUUUGGUGUACACUUAAUUUAAUUGUUAAACUUCGAACAAAAUUUGAUCAUGGAACAUUAGCUAAAUUAUGUUUAUUGACAACUUCACUGAGUAUUUUACCAUCAUGUUGUAUGCUUUUUCGUCGACCAACUGUUCGAAAUUUUUAUAUUAGUCUUUUUAAUGUUUCACUUUGUUUUUAUCUAUUCUCAUUUCAAGUUCAUGAAAAAACAAUUUUACUAUCAUGUUUACCGGUGAUAUUACUUUCAGCAACAUAUCCAGUUGAAUCUUUUACUUUUCUACAAUUUGCUAUGAUUAGUGCUUUUCCUUUAAUGAUUAAAGAUAAUCUAGUAUUUAUCUUUUGGAUAACAUUCAUUGGUUUUUCAAUUCUUGCAUUCCAACGAUUAUACAUUCAUUUCAAUCACAUAUCAUUAUUACAAUUAUUAUUUUCAGUAUUAUGUAUAACAACAACAUUGCCUUUAUUAAUUGCUGCUAUUUAUGUUAAACCACCAUCACGUUAUCCGGAUUUAUGGGUUGUACUUAUUAGUGCUUGUUCAUGUAUUUAUUUCUUGAUAACACUUGCUCAAUUUCAUAUAUAUCAAUUCAAAGAAACAAUCUCGUAUAUAAAGAAAACUAAUUAA